CAUUAUUUUAAUAUGAUUGGAUGGCUAUUGGCUGGUGUCGUCGUCGGACAAUUGGAUUUUGUGCAGUGAACGAACGACGGCGAGAAGCUGAGCUCCGGACUCCGGACUCCGGACAGAAAAUGAUGGCAAAGAUCGUGAUAGUAUUUGACUUCGAUCGGACUUUGAUCGACGGAGAUAGUGACAAUUGGGUUGUUACUGAAAUGGGACUCACUGAGAUCUUCCAUCAGCUCCGUUUCACUUUACCUUGGAAUCGUCUUAUGGAUAGGAUGAUGAUGGAGCUGCAUUCACAAGGCAGAUCGAUUGAAGACAUUGAAGCUUGUUUGAAGAAAAUGCCAAUUGAUUCUCAGGUUAUUGAAGCUAUCAAAUCAGCUAAAUCUUUAGGAUGUGAUUUGAAGAUUGUGAGUGAUGCAAACCAGUUUUUCAUUGAGAAGAUACUAGAGCAGCAUGAUUUGCUUGAUUGCUUUUCUGAGAUUUACACGAAUCCAAGUUCAGUUGAUGAAAAUGGGAACUUGCGGAUCUUGCCGUAUCAUAGUGAUGCUUUGGCUCCACAUAGCUGUAAUCUCUGCCCUACAAAUCUAUGCAAGGGUCUAGUGAUGGAUCAUAUACGUGCUUCUUCUGCCAAUGAUCAAAUUCCUACAAGGUUUAUCUACCUUGGAGACGGAGGAGGUGACUUCUGCCCGACAUUGAAGCUGAGAGAGUGCGAUUUUGUGAUGCCGAGAACGAAUUAUCCGCUGUGGAAGAAGAUUUCAGACAAUUCCUCCCUGAUCAAAGCAGAAGUCAAGGAGUGGAGCAAUGCAGAGGAACUGCAGAGAAUCCUUCUGCAACUUGUCAGCACAAUAACAAAAGAAGAAUAAGAUUCAUAACUAAUAUUAGUCUUUGAGUCAAAAAAAAAAAAAAAAAAAGUGUUUCUGAUUGCUGCAAAGGUGAUGAAAGAACAUGUGUUUGUUCCUCUUCACUUGAUUGAUGUAGGUAUUGUUUAGUCCCAUGGUGAUGAAUAUUAAUUACUACCAUCUUUUAAACUCGAAAGCUACCAGGGAAAUAAAGGAUUUUAUGUAAGGUUA